AUGGAGACCGGAGACGACUACAACUACGACGAGGCCAUCGUAACGACCGAAACUCUCGAGGCACUGGCGUCGAUAGCAUGCUUCGACGACGCAGAGCCCACGGGAGGCCUCUUUACCGAGUUUGGAGACGGCAUGUCCCUUCUGCCAGACAUGCAAGGGGUGCGCUCGAUACAGCGGCUGUUUGCGAGGCUGCCGUACCUGGUCAUGCGCCUCAAGGGGCUCCUGUUCAGCGCUGCCAAAGGCCCAACCGAAAGCCCCUCACCAAACCCAGCCCAGGACGCCACCGGCGCUACCUUCUGUCGUUACUGCACCUGGGCCUUUGACCGCGGCUUGAGGGGGCUUGCUCCUGGCGGCGGCGCCGCCGAGCCGACUUAUAAAAACAGUGAUGGCGGCAUCUACUACCAUCUCGUCGCUGUCACCGAUUGGCCCACCUUCGAAUUUAAAUACGAACGUGGUUGCUCAUUCUGUGUCUUCCUCUGCGAGGCAAUCAAUGAAUACGGCAAGGACUGGACCGAGCAACUCUGGCACCCAAACAAGCCGACCCGUGUGCAGGUCUGGGUUGCCCACCACCUCUCAACCCACCGGUCCUUUGGGACCGAUCAGCCAAGGGUUAGCCACAACCAGAAUGAGGGCAGAUACUUUGCUGCUGUGCGGGUGCUGUGCAAGGGAAUGGCCGAUGCCAAAGGUGUUUGGCGCCCAGAUGCCAAGAACCCCCCCUUGUGCAAUGUUCUGGGAGCCGGCAACGCUCGAGUGGCCUGUGCAUUCCGUCCACAGGCGAGUCCCAGUACUGGCGACAAGGAACUAUCCGAAUUGGCGCAGAUGGGGGUUCUCCCCGGGGCACCAGCAAGUAAACUGGUCGAAUCGCAGCUGGAGUUUUUGAAAAAUACGAUUGGUACGCCACCUUCAACAUGCCGCGCCGCGGGCUCCUAUCUUCCCAAGAGGUUGCUGGAUCUUGGCCCCGACGACACUUGCUCGCCAAUUCUCGUCGAAACUGCUGCUCUCGACCAGGCGAGCAGACAAGACAUAAUGGCGUAUGCCGCCCUCAGUUACUGCUGGGGCCCCCAGGACGCUUCAAAGCAGCUCAAAACAACGGCAGAAAGCCUAAAGCAUCAUCUGGACGGCAAAGGUCUCGACGCCAUGUCACCAGUAAUGCUGGAUGCAGUCCGUGUCUGCCGCUGGCUUAAAAUACGAUACCUGUGGAUUGAUGCACUCUGCAUUGUACAGGGCGACCAGGCCGACUGGGAGGAGCAAAGUGGCGAUAUGGGCCGCGUGUUCCAGAAUGCAUGGGUCACAAUCUGUGCCGCGGGAUCGCGCUCGUGUCAGUCUGGCUUUCUCAGCCCUGAAGAGCGCUGGUCCGUCACAGGGCCUUUGCCGUACCGAUCCCCGCUGGACCCGUCUGGCCGCCUGCAUAUCGACUUGAGAGCAGUCGAUCCCGCGCGACUUCGGAGCGGCAGUGUCGCCACUUGCACCACUUCACUACUAAAAGAGGACUUGGAGUUUUGCCAGUGGUUCUCGAGGGCGUGGGUGUUUCAGGAGAUGGCCCUAUCGCAGCGAAAGGUCAUUUUUGGCGUGGGGAUGCUUUACUCCCAGCUCGGGGACAUGAUCUUUUGCGAGAACGGCACCUCAGGACAGAUCAAGGCACAUGAGCCCGAGACAAGCCCGUUUUAUCUCCCUCACCUUGACGACCGAACACUGUCUGGCAACCGCCAAAUGGUUUUUGCCCUGUGGAACAGUAUCGUCACGGCCUUUACGGAACGCCUGCGCAAGCUCACCGACAAAGAAGAUGUCCUUCCUGCGCUUUCCGGCCUGGCAAGCAGCUUCGAGGCCGUUUUGGGCGACAGAUACCUCGCCGGCCUUUGGCAGAGCGACCUGCACGCCGGUCUUUUAUGGACCUCUGCUAGACCUCCGUUUUUCCAGCCGAGCCUGUCCGGUUUGUUGGAUGAGCUGGCCAGCGGCAAGGGCACUUCCCUGUGCGCAUCUGCGCCGUCUUGGAGCUGGGCGUCUCGCCGCAGAUCCGAGCUGUGGGGGCUGGGUUUUACGAGUUAUAGCAGGCCCCGAGGUCCCCGCGCACACCUCCGCCCAGAGUUCGAGCUCGUCGAGGCACACGUCGCUGCCGGCGGCGGCAACCCAUUCGGGCGAGUGUCCGUGGGCAGUUCUCUAGUCCUAAUGGGCAGGUUAACACCUUUACCUCCAAUAAUUUAUCGAUCCGUGUCCCUUUCGAGGCUCCUCCGGCAUUCAGGAACUUUAUUCCGAGGGUUUGGUGACGGUCGCUACGUUCAUAUCAACGCCGAUUGGCAAUGGCCUGUUGCGCAACCCUCUUCCAUCCCCCGCGACGGCAGCAACGGGAUGGAAGAGGAUGGCGAGGGUGGCGAGGGCAGCGACCAGGCUGAGCAUCUUUCCGAGGCUGCGUACAGCAAAUUGGUUCUGUGCAAUUCCGACCUAGAAAUCGAGAAUGGGUUGCGUCUCAUGGUCAUUUCAAGCAACUGCACCAAUGUUCCGGACGAAGAGACUGUCCACUGGACGGAACCCGGGGAAUCCCGCCCUGAAGAGCACCCGGUCCAAGAAAGCGAGCCUCCCUUGGAGAGCAAAGGCAGAACAUACCAGGACAUGCCUGAGAGCCCCGACGUCUGGGUGAGCCAUUGCGGGCUCUGGCCUGUGGGCCAGGACGCACAUGAGUUUGCAACCCAUUUUGAAGACGGCGAGCUCGACUGGGCUGCGGCCACGAGGGUUUGCGCGAAUCCCAACCAAGGCAGGGACUGCUGGGGCAUCGUCCUUUGCCCCGUCCCAGACCAGCCUGGCAAGUACUGGCGCGUGGGGAACUUCUUCUCGAGGGCCGCAAUGGGAGGGUUGAGCAUCUUUGCCGCACAGGAGACGGAGAGGAUUGAACUGGUCUGA